CUCGUAACAUGACUCACGCCGACACGACCAUGCGCGAUAUCGACGAAGGCCGCCGGUAGCAGAAGACGACAGAAACCCGAAGCGACGAAAUUCCACCCGCCGCCAUGGCCGACGCCGCGCACAACUACGCUGUUAAGCAGCAGGUGGUGGACAAGAUCCCCGCGCGCAUCAAGCACAUCCAGUUCGGCAUAUACUCCAACCAGGACAUCGUCAACCAGGCCGUCCUCGAAGUCUCGGACCGCAAUGUCUACGACCUCACCCCCGCCGCCGACAACACGCGCACCCUCACGGCCAACGGGCCCAUGGACAUCCACAUGGGAAUCUCGAGCAAGACGGGGAAAUGCGGAACAUGCGGCGAGGGCCUCGACAAGUGCAACGGCCACUUUGGCCACAUCAAGCUUGCGCUGCCGGCGUUCCAUGUUGGGUACUUGAAGCACAUCAUCGAGGUGCUCAACUGUAUAUGCAAGGACUGUUCGCGGGUGCUGCUGGACGAAGUCGAGAGGCGGAGGUACUUGCGCAGCAUGCGCCGGCCGGACAUGGACACCCUGCGGCGGAGUGCUGUCUCGAAGAGGAUCCUGGACGACUGCCGCAAGAAGAAGACAUGCCCAUACUGCAAUGCGCUGCAGGGUACCGUCAGGAAGGUUCCGGGCCACCCACUGAAGAUCAUCCACAACCGCUAUGACGCGUACAACCGAUCGACCGCGAAGACGAAGAAGGCUCCAGCCGGCAAGAUCGAGUUCGAUCAGUCUUUUGACACAGCAAAGUCGGCCAACCCCGAGCUCGACAAGCACCUGAAGAAAGCCGCCGACGAUAUGCACCCCCUGCGCGCCCUCAAUCUGUUCAAAAAGAUCUCGCCAGAAGACUGUGAGCUGCUAGCUAUGAUACCGGAAGACGCGCGGCCGGAGAUGUUGAUCUGGGAGUACAUGCCUGUGCCACCCGUGGCGCUGCGACCUUCAGUCAUGCAGGAAGGUGGAGCCACAGAGGAUGACGUGACAAACAAGAUCGGAGACAUCUGCCAGAUCAGCAGUAUCAUCAGGGCUGGGCUUGCGCGAGGAUUUCCCUUGCAAAUCCUCAUGGAGCAGUGGGAUUUCCUGCAGCUGCAGAUUGCCAUGUACAUCAACAGUGAUGCGCCCGGUCUAAAACAGCAGGGUUUGCAGAAGACCAUGCGUGGUUUUUCACAGAGAUUAAAGGGCAAGGGUGGACGAUUCCGCCAGAACUUGUCCGGAAAGCGUGUUGAUUUCUCAGGCCGUACUGUCAUCGGUCCAGAUCCCAAUCUGAGUAUCGAAGAAGUUGCCGUGCCAGAACGUGUGGCGAAGAACUUGACAUACCCCGAGAAGGUGACCAGGUACAACAUCGAGAAGCUGAAGAAGCUCGUACUCAAUGGUGCCAACAAGUACCCUGGCGCGAACUACAUUCUGAAAGAUGAUGCAGAACGACAGCCGACUCGUGAGCGCUCGAAGAUCUCCCUGGCCGCACUCACAAAGCACGAUCGGAAAGGUGAACGCUUAAAGAGACCUGCCGAGAAUCUUAGAAUCGGCGACAUCGUGGAGCGACAUAUCGAAGACGGCGACAUCGUAUUGUUCAACCGUCAACCGUCCCUUCACAAGCUUAGUAUCCUCAGUCACAGGGCGAAAGUACGACCAUGGAGAACAUUCCGUCUCAACGAGUGUGUCUGCAAUCCCUACAACGCCGAUUUCGAUGGUGACGAGAUGAACUUGCAUGUUCCACAGACCGAAGAAGCGCGCACAGAAGCCACUGAGCUGAUGGGCGUCAAGUACAACAUUGCCACACCAAAGAACGGAACACCUAUCAUCGCCGCCAUCCAGGAUUUUAUCACAGCUGCGUUCUUACUCAGCAACAAAAGCAACUUCUACGACCGACGGACAUUUUGCCAGAUCGUAAACUACAUGUUCAACGGAGACGGAGCGUACGACCCUGACACAGGCAAGACCUUGCCCAUCGAGAUUCCGCCUCCGGCUAUCUGGAAGCCGCAAGCGCUCUGGACUGGAAAACAGGUCUUCAAUAUCCUAAUGAGGCCUAACAAAGAGUCGAGAGUCCUUGUUAAUCUUGAAGCUGCGAACAAGAUGUUCAAGCCAAAGGCUGGUGUGCCGCACGACCUCAGCGACAACGAUUCGUACUUGGUCAUUCGCAAUUCGGAAGUAAUGUGCGGUUGCAUGGACAAGGCGACUGUAGGUGACGGAAAGAAGGACUCGGUCUUCUACGUCAUGAUGCGUGACUUUGGACCUCAACAUGCGGUGCAGGGUAUGAACCGAUUGUCAAAGCUAUCUGCCCGUUGGCUUACCAAUAAUGGCUUCUCCCUUGGUAUCAGCGAUGUCACUCCAGGAGAGAAGCUGAUGCAGAAGAAGCAAGCAUUAGUCGUCGAAGCCUACAGGCAGUGCGACAAGAUCAUCAGCGACUUCCAAGAAGGCAAGUUGCAGCGUGAUCCUGGUUGCGAUGAAGAGAAGACCAUGGAGAAUAGGAUUGGUGGUAUCUUGUCGAAUGUUCGCCAAGCUGCUGGUGAAAUCUGUUUCGAAGAGCUCAGCAGAUGGAACUCUCCGCUUCUCAUGGCCAAGUGUGGUUCGAAGGGUUCCAACCUCAACGUCUCCCAGAUGGUUGCUUCCGUCGGUCAACAAAUGAUUGGCGGUGCGCGUGUCGCAGACGGCUUCCACCACCGGACAUUGCCUCACUUCCCGAAGGCAGCGCGUCAGCCUGCUGCUAAGGGUUUCGUCAGCAACAGUUUCUUCUCAGGUCUGACGCCAUCCGAGUUCAUCUUCCACGCUAUGAGUGGUCGUGAAGGUCUCGUCGAUACCGCGGUCAAGACGGCCGAAACUGGUUACAUGAGUAGACGAUUGAUGAAGUCACUGGAAGAUCUGUCCGCAUCAUACGACGAUACAGUCCGGAACUCGUCAGGAACCGUCGUACAGUUCCAAUACGGAGAUGACAAUCUGGAUCCCGUCGACAUGGAGGGCAAGGCGAAGCCUGUCAACUUCGACCGCACAUUCUCCCACGCCGUGACAUCGACCUGGAACAACGAUGAGCCUACUCUUGUGCCGAAGGAGAUUCGCGAGCAUGUUCAUGCAAGGAUGAACACGGAGCGCAACAAGUACCCGCGAUACAAGCUUGACGGCGUGACAAGGCUAGCCUUCAAAGACAACAGCGACUCUGGCAUCGAUCAGAAGGAGUCUAUGCGUGAUUUCCUGGACACUGUGGAGGACUACGUGGGCAAGAAGGCCUCCAAGCUCGAGACUACACUGCUAUACCUGGGCGUUGCGGAACCGUCUCAGAGCCUUGAAAAGCUCUCCAACGAGGUUGCAGAGAAGUAUAGUCUCGCUGACGGUAUCGCAAAGAUUUCUCAGAGCGCCCUAGACACGUUCAUCGACCUCUGUCUCACCAAGUAUCACCGCUCACGAGUCCAACCUGGUCACGCCGUCGGUGCUAUCGGUGCCCAGUCCAUCGGUGAGCCCGGUACUCAGAUGACACUGAAGACUUUCCAUUUCGCUGGUGUUGCUGGUAUGUCCAUCACCCAGGGUGUUCCCCGUAUCAAGGAAAUCAUCAACGCUUCAUCCACCAUCUCCACGCCCGUCAUUACUUGCGAACUUUCCAACAAGCUCUCUGAGUCCGCCGCGCGUAUCGUCAAGGCCCGUGUCGAAAAGACCUUCUUACGCGACAUCAUCUCAUACGUCGAAGACGUCUGGCAUCCCAGCGGCGCCUACAUCGCCAUGCGCAUCGACUGGGACACGGUGAACGCACUCUUCGUCGACAUCCAACCGCACGACAUCAUCCACGCAAUCAACAAGCACAAACCCCUCAAAUGGGGCAAAUCAGGCACCAGCGUCCGCAUUUCGUCGAGCCUGAUCCGCGUCGAAGUCCCCGACCCCAACGCCACCAAAAAGCGCCCCACGAAGAAUGCCCGCAACCAGAAGGAAUUCUUCGAGCGCGUGCAGCACGUCAAAGCGCUGAUCCCCGAUGUUGUCAUCAAGGGGUAUGCGGACUGCCAACGCGCCAUCAUCAAAAAGGACACCGCUCCCAACAAGAACGGCGUCUAUGAAUGCCAGCUUCUCGUCGAAGGCUACGGGUUCAAGGACUGCAUGACCACGCCGGGAAUCGAGCCGUACACCACCAAGUCCAACCAUGUUAUGGAGGUCCGCGAUGUUCUCGGUAUCGAGGCCGCGCGCUCCACUAUCGUACGCGAAAUCAGCUCCGUCAUGGGCAACAUGGAUAUCGACCCUCGUCACAUGCAGCUACUUGCCGAUGUUAUGACUUUCAAGGGAGACGUCUAUGGUAUCACGCGUUUCGGCCUCCAGAAGACGAGGGACUCGGUGCUGCAGCUUGCCAGUUUCGAGAAGACGCCUGAUCAUCUGUUUGAAGCUGCGGCGAGGGGCAAGAUCGAUAGUAUCGAUGGCGUGUCGGAAUGCAUCAUCAUGGGUCAGAGCGUUAAGCUGGGUACGGGCGCUAUGCAGGUUAUCCGCCCGCUGGGGCUGACGACGGACGAGGUUAAGAUCAAGAAAACCAUGUUUGAGGAUGGGUGGGACGCGUUAUAGGUCGACGGUGGGAGGGGAGAGCGUGGGUGGGUCAGUGAAGGUUCGGAGACGUGCAUAGCGGGUGUUCUGGAGCCUUUGUCCGUUUAAACGAUCUUGACGCAUAGCGGUAGUCGUUUGCAUCAUACACAUAUCAAUAGCAAAAGUUAGCAUCAUGC